AUGUGGAUGGAUGAAAUGAUGAGACAAAUGGAUAAUAGUUUAAAACGAUGUGAUGUUAGUGGAGUAGAUUUAUUAAUGAAUAAUCAUCAAAGUUUAAAAGUUGAAAUUGAUGUUCGACAAGAAAAUUUUACUAUAUGUAUUAAUUUAGAUGAACAACAACCAUUACAACAAGAUGUAAAUUUAAUCGAUGAUAACAUCAAAAAUUUGAAAAUUAAAGCAGAAGAAAUCAAGUGUUCUAUUGAAUUUGGAUUUAAUAAUUUGCGAAGUCUACAAAUUGAACUUGGUACGUAUAAAAUGAAGAUGGAUUAA